GACGUCAGAAGGCGCGCCUGGCCGAAACCUGUCCGGAUUCUGCGGGCGGGAGUCCUGCCCCUUGGAGCUCAUGGUGCGCUGUGGUUGCGCGUUGUUGAGAAAGUAUGGAAAUUUCAUUGAUAACCUAAGAAUCUUCACCAAGGGAGGAAGCGGUGGAAUGGGCUACCCUCGUUUAGGUGGAGAAGGUGGAAGAGGUGGUGACGUCUGGGUUGUGGCCCAUAAAAAUAUGACCUUAAAACAACUUAAAAACAAAUACCCUCAGAAACGGUUUGUGGCCGGAGGAGGAGCAAACAGUCGGGUUAGUGCACUGAAGGGCUCUAAGGGAAAGGACUGUGAAGUGCCCGCUCCCGUGGGUAUCUCAGUAACUGAUGAAAACGGAGAAGUGCUAGGAGAACUCAAUAAAGAGAAAGACAGAAUUCUGGUUGCUAAAGGUGGCCUUGGUGGUAAAUUACAUACAAAUUUCCUACCUUUGAAAGGCCAGAAGCGAAUAAUUCACCUUGACCUUAAAGUUAUAGCUGAUGUAGGCUUAGUAGGAUUCCCAAAUGCUGGAAAAUCCUCCUUACUGAGUCGGGUUUCCCAUGCAACACCUGUGAUUGCAAGUUAUGCAUUUACAACACUAAGGCCUGAACUUGGAAAGAUUAUGUACAAUGAUUUCAAACAGAUUUCAGUAGCUGAUCUCCCAGGUUUGAUAGAAGGAGCACAUAUGAACAAAGGAAUGGGCCACAAGUUCCUCAAGCAUUUAGAGAGAACCAGACAACUGCUUUUUGUCGUUGAUAUUUCUGGAUUUCAGCUUUCUUCUGUAACUCCAUAUAGAACUGCCUUUGAAACUAUAAUACUUCUUACAAAAGAGUUGGAGUUGUACAAAGAAGAGCUGCAGACAAAACCUGCACUCUUGGCAGUUAAUAAGAUGGACUUGCCAGAUGCCCCAGUUAAGCUUCAUGAACUGAUGAAGCAGCUGCAGAAGCCGGAAGACUUUCUGCAUUUAUUUGAAGCAAAGAUGAUUCCAGAGAAGGCUAUAGAAUUCCAGCAUAUCAUUCCCAUCUCAACAGUUACCGGUGAAGGGAUUGAAGAGUUGAAGAACUGUAUAAGGAAGUCACUGGAUGAGCAGGAUGACAAGGAAAAUGAUGCAUUUCAUAACAAGCAGCUGCUUCGUUUGCAGCAUUCCGGGUCAGCAUCUUAGACUGAGCCCCAUCAAAGUGCGCUGCUACUAUUCUAGAAAAGGCAGCAUUUAAACCUAGUCCAGCAUAUUGACAGAAUACUGCUUGGUCCUAAGGAAUAGGAGAAUCAUGUUUAAAACACGGGUGAGCCUGCAGUGCAUUAUGUUCAAAGAAGCCAGGCAAGCACAGCAAGACAAAUGUCAAUGCUCUCACAUGCUGAGUCUUAAAAGGUAAAUUGAACAGAUAGGAAUACUGAAAAAUGGUAAUUGUUUAUAGUAUAAAUAGGAGCUAGAAGAUUUAAGAGAUGUUGGUCAAAGGAUACAAAGUUUCAAUUAAGCCUUUCAGACCUGUUGUGUACCUUUUUUGUUUAUAGAAUAAUGUAUCAUAUUUUGAAAAAUUGUAAGAAAAUAGGUUUUAAGUGUUCUGACCACAAAAAAAAUUUUGAGAAAAAUAAAUCUUUUAAAAUAAAUUGACUCUGUAUUUCAAAACAUG